AUGUCCGGACUGAGCACUUCGUCGUUGGACCUGUCGCGAUCGACUUCGGAGCAGCCGCUCUGUCUGACCUCCUGGCCUCAACGAUACGACCAGGUCGUCGCUUCCACGAUUUGGAGUGAGGACGACGUGCUGUUCAAAGCGCCAGGUGCAGACGAGGAGUUCUUUGCGAAGUACGGCUGCGAAGUUCCAGCGCUAUCUGGGGCUGUCUGUAGGGACGUGAGCUUCCACACACAGGAUCUCCAGCGACCGCUGGCAUUGGCCAUGGGCGCCACGGGCUUUGACUACGACCUAAUGGGCGCUUGGGCGCUUUGGUGGCUUCUCUUGACGUUGGUGGCCUGGGUUGGGGUCACCAUACACGACUUGGCCCUGAUUGGGCAAUCCCAGAAGGACUUCGUCCUCGAUGUCAGCGGUGUCAACAAGCACUGCCCGUGCAUCCGAAGCGUUUGGAAGUUUCUAGCUGGCUACAGGCCACUGGUGCGCUUGGCAAAUUCCGAGCGCUUCGGCACGCGUUCACUCGGCAUCGUGCUGGCGGUGCUGUUGGCUCCAGUUCUCUUGGCCUGGAAUCUGGUUGUGCUGCUCUUCAUCAUCUGCCCGUUGAUCCUUUUAGCUUUCAUGCGAUAUCCAAUCCGAAUGAGCCGUGCAUGGGUCUUCAUCAUCUCGGUAGCCUGCGUUCUCUAUGGAUCCGCACUCACAUUGCAGCAGCUGGCCUUCGUCGCUCGCACUGAUCUGCGUCCGAGAUAUGCACUGACCUGGGAAGCCCAGGGCUUUCAAAGCGCAUCUUUGCAGCUGUGGCCUCGGUUCAUACUGUCGCAGCAGUAG